ACCAUUUACAGCUGGAAAAGAAAUAAAUACAAAUGUGGGCAAUUUAAAAAUGAAAAAUUCCUUGGGGGCAUGGAUGGGAAGAUGAGCAUAAACCCUUCCUAGCCCCAACAAAUAUAAAAUAAGAACAAGAAAAAAGAAACAAACUUGAAAGUUGGAGUAGAAACAACCCUGCAAGAGAGAGAGCUUCCAACUUUAACGGCUCUGCUGGUUCUUCCCGUUGAACCUCUGUUAAACCUUGCCUCUCCCCGAAAUGCCCUUAUUAAACCUCCAAAUUCACCGUUCACUCUCUUCCUCCUCCUCGCCCGCCGAUGCCCUCCUCGCGGGCAAAGCCCUAACUUUCCUCAAGCGCCACCCUUACCACUUAAAUUCCCUCACUUCCAAUUUCACUCCUGAAGCAGCUUUCUGUUUACUUCUCAAGUCCCAAAACGAUCAAACCCUAAUCCUGAAAUUCUUAAAAUGGGCUCGACCCCACCCGUUCUUCACCCCUCAGUGCAAAUGCCUCACUCUCCACAUCCUCACCAAAUUCAAGCUCUACAAAUCAGCACAAUCCCUAGCAGAGGACCUCGCCGUUAAUACGUCCGAUGAUGAAAAGGGUAGUUUCGUCUUUCAAUGCCUCAAGGAAACCUACCAUUCGUGUGCUUCAAGCUCCUCUGUUUUUGACUUGGUGGUAAAAUCUUAUGCCCGUUUGAAAUUGAUUGUUAAGGCUCUUAAUAUUGUUAAUUUAGCUAAAUUUAAUGGUUUUAUGCCUGGGGUUUUAUCUUAUAAUGCUAUUUUAGACGCGGUGAUUAGGUGUAAAAAGCCGGUUAGAUUUUCUGAGGAGGUUUUUGCCGAGAUGAUUAGACAUGGGGUAACACCAAAUGUUUUUACUUAUAACAUUUUGAUUAGGGGUUUUUGCACGGCGGGGAAUUUAUAUAUGGGUUUAAGGUUUUUCAGUGAAAUGGAGAGAAAGGGUUGUUUGCCGAAUGUGGUUACUUAUAAUACCUUAAUUGAUGCACAUUGUAAGUUGAAGAAGAUUGAUGGUGCAUUUAAGUUGUUGAGGGCAAUGGGAUUGAAGGGUUUGGAGCCAAAUUUGAUUUCUUAUAAUGUGAUCAUCAAUGGGUUGUGUAGAGAAGGUAGGAUGAAGGAAACAAGUGAGGUACUUCGGGAGAUGAGUUGGAAAGGUUUCUCUCCGGAUGAGAUUACUUAUAAUACACUUGUAAAUGGGUAUUGUAAAGAUGGCAACUUUCAUCAAGCACUGGUUUUGCAUGCAGAGAUGGUGAGGAAUGGCUUGACUCCAAAUGUCAUUACUUAUACUUCAUUGAUUAAUAGUAUGUGCAAGGCUGGGAAUAUGAACAGAGCAAUGGAGUUUUUUGAUCAGAUGCAUGUUAGAGGACUUCGUCCAAAUGAGAGAACUUAUACUACUUUGAUUGAUGGGUUCUCCCAGCAAGGACAUUUAAAUGAAGCUUAUCGGUUACUAGAUGAAAUGGGUAGGAACGGAUUUUCACCUUCGCUAGUUACUUAUAAUACUCUUAUUAAUGGACACUGUAUGGUUGGAAGCGUAGAAGAGUCUUUAAAAUUGAUACAGGAUAUGGUGGGAAAAGGGUUGGCGCCAGAUUUAGUAAGUUAUAGUACAAUUGUUUCUGGAUUUUGUAAAAGCCAGGAUUUGGAGAGGGCAUUCCGAAUGAAGCAGGAGAUGGUUGAGAAAGGAUUUUUACCAGAUGCAAUUACAUAUUCAUCAUUGAUUCAAGGUCUGUGUCAGCAGAGUAGACUUACUGAAGCUUGUGAUCUUUUCCAGGAGAUGCUGAAUGCUGGUGUCACUCCUGAUGAAUUUACAUAUACUACCUUAAUUAAUUCUUAUUGCAAAGAAGGGGAUAUAGAGAAGGCUUUUCUUUUGCAUGAUGAAAUGGUUCAGAAGGGCUUACUUCCUGAUGUUGUUACCUAUAGUGUGCUCAUCAAUGGUCUCAAUAAACAAACUAGGACAAGGGAAGCAAAAAAGCUUUUGCUCAAGUUGUUUUAUGAUGAGUCUGUCCCAAGUGAUGUCAUGUAUAAUACGCUGAUAGAGAACUGUAGGAAUAUUGAAUUUAAAAGUGUUUUAGCUCUUAUGAAGGGAUUCUGUAUGAAUGGUUUGAUGAAAGAGGCUGAACGAGUUUUUGAGUCGAUGCUUCAGAGAAACUAUAAACCUGAUGAAGCCGUAUAUAAUGUUAUUAUACAUGGUCAUUGUAGAGGUGGAAAUAUUCAGAAGGCAUAUGAUCUGUAUAAAGAAAUGGUGAAUUUAGGUUUUGUUCCUCAUACUCUGACUGUUAUUGCUCUGGUUAAAGCGCUAUUCAUGGAUGGUAAGACUGACAAGAUAAGUCAAGUCAUAGCAAACACAAUUAGAAGCUGUAAGCUUAUUGAUGCUGAGCUUGCUAAAGUACUUGUUGAGAUAAACCAUAAAGAAGGGAACAUGGAUGCAGCUUUCAAUGUCCUUACUGAAAUGGCCAAGGAUGGCCUUCUUCCAAACAGUGGCUGAACUGCAUUUGCUGGGGAAGGAUGGGCAGAAUGAAAUAUAAAUCGAUGAGCCCUUGAUAAAUGGUAAUGACCAUGCACGUUAUUCAUACACAGAGGGCAUUAUGUAGGAAGCGGGCUGAAUGGCAUAGCUUUCCUGGUUUCAGUAAUCUUCAAAUACGAAGGAGGCUUGUCAUGUCUGCUACUAAUUGUUAUCAUGAUAAUGCCGAAAGCCCUUGAAGCACACUGUUGGGAUUACAUUUUUUGGGACUUUACAUCUCUGUUACUGCCAGCAACUCAAGAGUGGCACACUAUGUGUGGAUGUCCACGACAACUCUACAAGUUAUUCUUGAAGCUCCUUUGGGAAGAUUGAUUCUGUUUUCACGUUAAUUUGACCAAGGUUAUUAUUAAGUUGACAAAGAAGAGCAGCUUGGAUACGUACAACAAAUGGGAGACUUCGAUUAAUGAUAACUAAUCUCCGCACUCUUUCAGAAGGGUUCCAAAACCGUGAGAUGAAGCCAGGGGUUUCUUGAAGUAACUGCUGAUUUUCUGGCAAAUCCAUUCUUUAAAUGGAAAAAUAUUUGCGGUUCUUCAACAAGGCACGAAGGACACUCUUCCCAUGGAAUCCAGUAUAUCGGUGCUGAACGUUCAAACUUGUUGUCUGCAGUCUGCACUACUCCCUUGGCACUUGUAAUUUGUGAAGUGCUUACACAUUCAUUUAGUCGUUGGAUAGAUUUAUUGAAGCCUUUAUAUUUUGCCUUUUCUUUCUUUAACUUGAAUUCUUCAUAUUUCAUUUUUACCAAAAUAAAUAUCACCUUACAUGAAUGAACAAGAUUUCUUAGUAAAGAAACUGCAAAAAGCAAAGGAGAUGUUUGUUUUGAA